AUGGUGGUGCUAUCGGAUCCGCUGCUAGGAGAACAUGGCGGGGGAGUGAGAGGAGCAGCCACCAGCGCCCGGUGUUGUUACCCGAGCAGGGCACGCCCCCUUCCGCCCCCGCGCCAAUCGCCGUGCGAGUCUGGCGCCAGCGGCACGCCUCUCCCACGAGCGCCGCCAAUCACGGCGAAAAGGCUGCAUCGGCGUCCCCGCCUCGGCCAAUCAGAACCGACACAAACAUUUUAGGCCGCGCCCUCUUCCGCAGACGGCCCAAUCCGGGGAGACACAAACAGCGGGCACGCCCCAGUCUCCGAGUCACGGGCCCGCAGUGCGAAGCGAAGGGAGGGGAGGGGCGGUUCUCCUCGCGAACGCUGCCGGCCAAUCGGGAGGCUCACAGACAGCUUCGGCCACGCCCCCGAGCGCCCCGCAGCCAAUCUAAAGGGACGUAAACAGGCGGCGGCGCGCCCCCUGGUGGGCGGGGGCGCGCCGGCGGGCAGGCACGCGUCGCCCGCCAUGGAGGUGCCGGCGCUGCGGCCCACGGCUGCCCCCGGGGUCCCGGUGGAGGAAGGGGGACCCGGCCGUGAGGCGGCGGGGCGGAGGCGGGACGAGCGGAGCCUGGAGGCGUUGAGCCUGGCCGCCGGCGGCGGCGCCGGAGGCGGCGGGGCGGCGGCGGCGGGGCGGCAGCAGCUGCCGGAGGGGCGGCGGGCGACGCUGGCGAGCGCCCUGGAGCUGGAGGGGACGGUGCUGCGCGAGGGGCGCCUCACCCAGUUCGUGGCCAACAACCUGGAGCGGCGGAUCCGGCUGAGCGGCGCCCCGCGGGGCGAGCCACCGGCGGCGGGGACGGCGGGGGGCGGCGGCGGCUCCAUCCCCGCCAUCGACCCCGGCGCGCUGCAGGACGUGGUGGCCCUGGCCGGGCAGGUGGCGGCGCAGGUGGACGAGCUGCUGCGCAACGUGCACUGCGGCCUGCAGGCCCUGACGGCCCUCAGCGUCGGCUGCAUCCAGACCUACCGCGACGGCGUGGAGAGCCUGGGCGAGGCGGCCGACCUCAGCAUCCGCGCCAUGUACGCGCUGGUGGCGCGCUGCGAGGAGCUGGACCGCGCCAUGCAGCCCGUGCCCGCCCUGGCCAAGCGCAUCCGCGACAUGAAGGGCACCCUGGAGCGGCUGGAGGGGCUCUGCAAGUAACGCCGGCCCCGCCGCCCCCGGCGUGCGCGGCGAGGAGCCGCCGGGGCGCCGCCGCCGCCCCCGGGCUGCUGCUGCUGCAGGGGCGGCUGCUGGGGCGCUCCCGCCCCGGCCCGGCAGCCCCUCGCCCCCGGCGGCUGCAGCUCUCCGGCACCGGUGUCCCCUGCCCCUCUCCCCGUGCCCCUGGGCGUGCCCAGGCGGCGUCGGUGGCCGGUUCCCUGGCGUUAAUCUGGAGGACGUGAAAUUCUUGCAACCGAUGAAGGAAAAGGUCCCGGCUGAAGUCGCGGGGUAGAUGUGGCAGACGGUGCUUUUUAGCUUCAGCUCCAUUAAAGAAUUCGGAUUCUACAUGCCUUACGCUUUCUAUUUAUCGAGGGCUAGGAAAAACUAACCAAUCUUAAUUAAAAGUAGCUGUUAGUGGUUUUUUUUCCUUAAACCAAAUUUCAAGUGGUCGUGAAUACUUGCUUGAUGCUUACAGGCAUACCUGCUUAUUUGUAGUUGACUUAGUGCCUGACAAGAAAUUCUCACUUUGGUCAUUACAGCAAAUAAACACGCAGAGCACUGCUAUCUCUUACAGGACACAGUUGUAAGAGAAGAUUUAAUAUAUAUUGUAAGAGGAAAUUUAAUAUAUAUAUAGCAAAGACACUUGCUGUCUGAGAAGAGUAUAAAAUCCAUGGAAUAUAAUUGAGAUUCAGAUAAGAACAAAUCUUUAUGCAAAGUUCUAAAUAAAAGACUUCAGAUAAAAUGUGCUUUGCCUCUAUUAGUCUCUACAGUUUUCACAGUGUAGAAGUUUAAAUGGCAUCACUGUGAAAUGGUCCCGUGAUUUUAUAUUUUCUUUUCAAUUGGGAAAAUACCUAUUUAACUUGAUGAGGAACAUGAAUAUGUGAUGACAUUACAUGGAUGUAUGACUGACAUAAAAUGGGUACUUUGGGAGAAUUUAUUUGUAUAACUUGAAGCUUUUGUAUAUGCAUCACUGUAUGCAGAAGUGAUUUUGCUGUAUCAGUAAGUAUUUCCUCUUGAGGCCUGACAGUAGCUGAAUUCUCUGCUUGCUAUGGUUCCUAUGCAACUAGCCUCUUAGGUGAUGCUCUUAGCAAUCCAUUUAGGUCACAAAUGUCCUUGUAACAAGAUUUCAGCAGAGAAAUGAUCACUGUGAUCUUACGUAUGUGUAAUGGUGCUUUCGGUGACCCCCAGCUCCUUAAAAACCGUGGAGCAGAGGUAGCCAGAAAUACUACGCAAGCCCUGUAACUUUUGGUUGAAGAGCAGAUAGGUUUAUGAUGGGUGCAGCUGCUACCCCACCAUAAUCUCAUUAAAACACUGAGUGGGGGGGUGGGUGCUGUGAUAUACUGUGCUUCUGCAUGUAUACACAGUACUGAAUUGUAACAAUAAUUUGUUUUUAUGCCACCCUGGUUUUGCAUAAUACCCAUCUCUGGCCUCUUUUGGGUUUCUCAACAUGGCCACGUCUUUCCCUCAGCACAGGGAUGUACUUCACGUGUGGCCUUCCAGCCCUAAGGAGUGGGAGAGGGCUGGAAAUGGGCUGUGCCAAGGUUGCGCUCUUUGCCGUCACAGCUCUGGUGGUAUUGUCUUCUGGGGAGCAGCUGUGGCUCCAGAAAGGGACCAGAGGCCCAACAGAGGUUAGUGGAGAGAAAAAGGAGAACAUAACUGCCCGUGCCCGUGGGCUUGGAAGACACUAAAGAUUUCGUAACGCCACAGCAACAGCUGUACUGGAGAUGCAGUAGUUUUGCUACGUAUGUUUUGUAUAUGUCGAGUGAAAACCAAAGUUUGAUCUUGCUUAACUUGUGAGUAUUGUUGAAAUGUAUAGGAAAGACCUGCAAGCUCAUUUGUAUAGCCACAUAUGUACAGCUAUGCUUUAUUCAUACAGGCUAAGGUGAAGCCUUUAAAGCAUAUGUGUUUCGGUACUCUGUUGGUUUUUGAUAGUAUUUCAUUUGCAGUCACCUACGUUCAAAGCUAAUUCCGUGCUAAAAUUGUCAAGUCUGUAGAAUAAAAUGAUUACUUUUAUGUUUUUAA